AUGCCGGCGACAACGACGACAGCGACAAAUAAGACUCUCAGAGUACUCCCGGCCCAUGAGACAAAACACCUCUCUUUACUCGCAUAUCCGUUUCGCGACGAUAUUGUUUUCAAUCUCGCUCAGCUAAGCGACGGUGCAAAUAACGGUACCGCUCUCUGGCUCGGUGCUCAAAUCCUUUCUGCCUACCUCACCGACACACUACCCUCUCCUUCUCCCCUUCCGAUACCAGGCUCGACGCGUCAUUCGCGCACACCGCGCGCCAUCGAGCUCGGGAGCGGUGUCGGUCUCACUUCCUUAGUUCUCGCCGUCCAAGGCUGGUCCGUCCUCGCAACAGAUAUUCCGGCCAUCGUGCUUUCCGUUCUCCGUCCCAACGUCCAACGCAACACCCGAGAAACGUGUCUUCUUGGGUCCGUGCAGGUCCGGGCCCUCGACUGGACGGUACCCCCAGACAACUGGAAUUGGGAUAAUCCAUUAAGCAUUGCUGGUACGCUACCGGAUGGCGAUGUAGGAACAGGAAGAUUGGAUAAACAAGGACUCGAAGAAGAGCUUCUCGGUCCCCCGUUCGACCUGAUUCUGACUUCUGAUACGAUUUACUCACGAGAACUCGUUACGCCUCUCCUACGAACAAUAAAACACCUUGCCCUCCUCUCAACACCUCAACUUCAAUCUCCUUCCAAAUCCCAUCCACCCAUAUACCUCGCCCUCGAAGUACGUGACCCUACUCUCGUUUCGUACUUCUUCACACAAGCACGCGUUGAAUGGGGUAUGGACGCACAGCGUGUCUCUACUCCGCGCAUUCGACGCGCGAUGUCACGCAGUGGUCUUGGUGAUUGGAAAAGGGAGGAUUGGGAAGGUGUUGAGGUCUGGCGAUUACACUUACUGGAUUCUCAACCCAAGGAAGCUUCGAAUUCCGUUGACACCUAA